GUCAUUUACUUCCGCGUAACAGGCAUCCGCUGCUGAGUUUCAACCAUGCUGAGCUUUCAGUAUCGUUUCCAGGGAAGUACAGGGAUGUGUUUCUAGCUUCCAUCGGGACCGGGCCUGCUGCAUAGAAACAGAAACCGGACACUUUUUCAUAAGCAAGCAGGCUUACGAUGUCUGUGCUGGUUCAUAGCAACCGGGGCUGGUUUGUGGAUCCACGAUCACUCAUUGAUCGGGGAUAUUCGCCAUGCAUCCGAUGGAGAGAGACUCAAAAGUGUCACGUCAAGUGUUGUUUCAAAAGGCAGUGUUUUCAGAUUUUAAAAAGCUAUUAUAAUGUGUCUGCCAGUGCUGCUGUGGAUGGAGGAAACAAGGAAAUGUUGCAGAAAACAGAGAAACCACCAAAGAAAAGGAAGCGAAAGCACAGCGAACUCAACCAGGGGGAAGUUGAUUCACAGGCCUUCCAUGAGAAGGUCAGGUCUGUUAUUCUGGAAGGAACCAGGUCCUUGGUGGAUUCUGUCCGAUCUCUCGGAUAUCUGAACGAAGAGACAGACGCAGUGAAAGAGCCUCUUCCUUCCCAGGAGUGCCGCCUCGCUGCUCUUUGUGAAAUGGCUAAAGAGCUUCCUCUAGUGGACGAAGAGGAGCAGGAGAGCUGCUCUCAGUCACUUGUUGCUGAGGACGGCUGCUCAUCACACGCCGACUUGUUCUCUCGGCUCACAGAGAACAGGAUGGACUGGGCUGCAGUGGUCACUCUGAUGGGAGAGGAAUACGUGAUACCACCUCACACAGCUUUCCUGCUUUCGGACGUCACAAGAAUACAGCCACUAGUCCACUGUGAGUGCAGUGCUGGAAAAAUGCUGUAUAUUUUAAGCAAAGGGAGUUUAAUGAACUGAAAAUGUGUCAAUAUUUUUCUGGAUGAGAUGGUAAACAAAAUGACUCACACUUGUGGUACAGUUUUGAAAGCAGAUUCAAGCUUUGACGACUUAAUAUGACAACCACUCCCUACAUUUACAGUUGCAAAUAGUUGUAGUAUGACUCAGUGUCAUUUCAUGUCAAGUAAGAGCAUGUUUGUUGUUCCACAGUCCAACAUUGACUUACUUAAUAUGCUUCUUGGUUUUUCACCCAAAUGCAAAAAUGUUUGACUCUGUAAUAAUAAAUCCAACUCAGGAAAACAAGUCAAUGAAAAGGAGUCACAGGUAAUUUGGUAUUCAGGAAUUUUACAAAGUGACAAGUAGAGAAGAAAUAACAUGGUAAAGAGAAGGCUGUGUUGAUCUUCAGGGAUGAAAUUUACAUUUUGUAGCAGCACAGAAAGAAAACAUAAAAGAACUAUUUAAGGUUAGAAAAGAAAUUCCAAAUUCAAGCAGUGGCUGGACAAAUAAUGUAUGGCAUGUAAAGGAUGCUAGGACCUUAACAAAUGUGAAAAACAAUAGUGAUCAGAUCUGUGUGAAAUUUAUUUGAAGUGAGAUAGUGAUGUCCAUACUUGUAGCCAUCCAACUGUGAAUGUAGCUAAUCCUGUGAAAGACUUUAGUUUAAAUCUGAACACUUUGAACAAUCAUAUUGCAUAUACACAAAGACGUAAGAAACAUCACAUGAUUUAUCAUUUCAAACAACAUACUCAUAUUUUGUUUUGCAUUUGUUGAAGUGCUUUAGUACUGUUUGUUGUGUACAUUUACUUAACUUUUUUAUGUUCAACUUUAUGUUUCUUAAGUUGGUCUAGGUUGGCCAGCUCUUAUCAACAAAGUGCAAAGCACAAUUCUGUGAUCAGAUUGUGGUGUUGGACACAGAGUAGUGCUGUCAAUAUUGCUAAAAAGAGUUUUGGAGGCAAAAAUGUAAUUGUUUCUUGAGAAAGUCUGUUUAUUAUAAAGGAUUGUUCUGUCUGUUCUUGCCACCACAAAUACCUCAUUUGGAUCUAAGGAGCAUCAGUAUAAGUGUUGAUACAGUGUUUGCUGUACGUGUCUUCAGAAGCAUUACAUGUCUCAGAAUUUGGAAGACAAACAAAUCAGCAUGCAAUCUCUGCUUUACUGUACACAUGCUUUUGAAAGUGGCUCAUGUCUUAUGAAAUGGGAUUUAGCAUGGAACUGUAGUGAUAUCCAUCACAGGUGUUACAGGUUGUAGACAGGUUCAGACGUCAAACUUUAGGCAAUGCCAGUUGUUUAUUGGGUCUCUAUGUGAGUUCAAAGUUGCUAUGUGUAGUUUUCAGGCUGAACUCCUGUGAUUUUAAAGUAACAAGCUGUGUAAUGCAUUAAACUGGUCUUGAUUGUC